UUUGUUGAUAUAUGUACAUAAUAGCAUAGUACCUGUGCAUAGAUGUUAUAGCCUUCUACAGAUUUUUAGAAGGCAUGUACAUCAAAUUGGUUACUUCUUAAGAAGUAUAUGUACAUCAGGAAUCAAAGACUACAUCUUUGCAGAUGCAUUUCUUUAUUGCUUAUUUCAACGCACCUCCUCACACUUAAGUUGUUUGGAUUUUAGAAUUGACUUUAAAUAUUGUAGUAGUAUAUCGUGAAUACUGGAUAGAUAAUACUCAACAUAAGCUCAUUCUACUUAACCUUACAUUCAAUCGAGGUUAAGUUACACAUGUAUUAUAUUAGUUUUAUUUUAGUAUGACGUGUUUAUUAAAACAAUAUAAAUUCGAGUGUCGGGUUAGUUCAGUUUUGAAUAAGAAUAAUCGAUCUUAUGGGAAAAAUUACAUGUUCGAUAAUUGUCCUGAAACUUGUUGGAAUUCUGACGCGGGAACUUUUCAGUGGAUAAUUAUUGAAUUUGAACAAGAAUAUGAAAUAAGUUCAUUUGAAAUUGAAUUUCAAGGUGGAUUUGUUGGCAAAAAUUGUCAUUUAGAAGUUGGUAAUAAAGAAACUAAAUUUCAUGAAUCGUUUUAUCCAGAAGACAAAAAUACGAUACAAAUUUUCAGUUUAACAAAUCCAAUAAAAGCAAAAACUUUUAAAUUUGUAUUUAAUGAAAGUACAGAUUUCUUUGGUAGAAUUAUUAUAUACAAAUUAUCUUUACACUCAUAAAAUAUUGUAACAAACAUUAUUUUUUACAAAAAAUAAAUGUAAUUAAAUAUUACAUAUCUUUUUGACUAAAUUUUUGAUGUUGUAAAUGAAGUGAAAAUUGAUUUAAAAAAUAGAUGUUUAUAAAUAAAGAAAGAAUGAGAAAAAUAUUAUAAUUUAA